AUGGCUAUCAAGUUUGAUGACGAGCUCUUAGGAUUAAUGUUAUCUUUGCCAGAGUCUUGUGGUGUUUUGAAUGGGGAGAUGAGAAUGAAGACACAUGGUUCUUCAUCUCAAUCUGAAGUUCUUGUCACUGGAAAUAGGGAGAGAAGUCAGAAAAAGGAACUGAAGGGUAAUGAUGGUGUAUCUAAGGUAAUUGGUGUUGGUGAUGUAUGCUUGCAAACCAACAUGGUAGUGCAAUUGUUGCUUAAAGGAGUCAAACAUGCUUCAAAUGUUCGCUUCAAUUUAAUCUAUGUGCAUAUGCUUGAUGAAAGUUGUUUUAAUAAUUAUUUUCCUUCUAGAAAGUGGAAACUCAAUAAAGAUAACUUGGUUGUGGCUAGAGGGGAGAUAAUUAGUAAACUGUUUGAAAAUAGGGUCAAAUUAGAUUGGCCACCUCCAUUUCACGAGGAUAACAGUUGUAUUCAUAUUUUGAGUUCUGUUUGUGUUAACGGGACUCUUUGUCUCACACAAGGGAGAGUCCAUGCAAAAUGUGUAUUUUGGAACCCUGCUACAGAUGAAUUCAAGGUCAUUCCACCUAGUCUUUUUGACUAUGUACCUUAUCAUGACACUAUGGUGACCUAUCAUGGUUUUGGUUAUGACCAUGUUAGAGAUGACUAUAAAGUGAUUCGACGAUUAGAUUUCUUUCUUGAUUGUUACGCAGAUGUGCCAUGGGACGAACAUGUAGGUUUUCCCCCGAUGUGGGAGAUAUAUAGUCUAAGAAGUAACUCUUGGAGGAAACUUGAUGUUGACAUUCCUUUUUGUCUUUUGGAUCAUGAAGUGUACAUGGAUGGAUUUUGUCAUUGGUCGGGUAAAGAUGAUUACCAUAGUCUUAGUAAGGUUGGGCCGUGUUUGGUAUCAUUUGACUUGUGCAAUGAAGUGUUCCUUACAACACCUUUUCCCUCAGACAUGGUUGACCAUUAUAAUAUCUUGCGCAUGGUGUUGUUAAAUGGAUCCAUUGCUUUCAUAAUAUAUGAUGAAUCGACUACUUUUCACAUAAGAAUAGUGGGUGAACUCGGUGUGAAAGAAUCGUGGACUAAUGUCUUCAUUGUCAAGCCCUUACCUUGCGUUCAACAUCUUAUUGGAGUAGGAGAGAAAGGCGGUAUAUUCUUGAGAAAAAAUGAUGAUGAACUAGUAUGGUAUGAUAUAAGUACUCAGACGAUUGAGGAGCUUGGUGUUAAAGUAAGCCGAGGUUAUUGUAACACUGUAGUUUAUAAGGACAACCUUCUCUCAAUUGUAGGUUUAUGA